UGCGCCGCCCCGUGGACGCUGCCCAAGGAGAAGGACCUGCGGCCUCCGCCCGAGCUGCCACCGCCGCCCUCGGAGGAGAUGCUGCGGGCGCUGGCGCACCAGUUCGAGUCCCGCACCCGGAGCGACUUCCGGAGCCAGGAGGAAGUCCCCUCCGUGCUCUGCAGCCGCCUGCGCCACGAGGAGCGCACGCAGAAGCUGACCACCUACAGCAGCGACUACGGCCAGGCCUGCCUCGACCUCCUCGCGAUGCUCGACUCCUUCUCGCCGGCCCAGGUGCGCUCGUACCUGCGGAGCGUGCCCGGCAAAGACAGGCAGAUCCUGGAGCGCUUCAUCGGGUCCCACUGCCCCGGGGACAUGCACACGGACACGGACACGCAUGUGGACACGGACACGCGCGAGCACGCGGACACGCACGCGGACACGCAGGAGCAGCGGCAGGAGCAGCGGGAGGGGGCCGCGCGGAGGCCCUGAGGCCCGGCGUCCCCGCUCGCUCGCUCUCUCUCUCUCUCUCGCUCUAU